CACAACCAUCAUCUCGGCUGCCUGUCGUCUGCGUUCAAGUUCCCCCCCCCGCAAUGCCCGAAGCAUUGAAAGCCGUUGAUUUCGACACCUUCCUGGCCAAGUACGGCUUGGAGCAAUACCGGGCUGCUUUGGUCGACAACGAGGUCGACUCGGCCGACCUGGUGCUUGAGCUUUCGGAAGCGGACUUGGCCAGUCUGUCCCUUGGGGCUGAGGCCGUGCAGAGAAUCAAACAAGCCCAGGCCACUCCCCUUGCUACCGCUGUCGACGAGGCCAACCCGAAUGCCGGCAACGAUGCACCAGCCACCCCGGUGUGCCAUCAGGGCCAUGGUGCCCAUGAUAUCUACAUCAGUUAUCAAUUCGUUACCGAGGCCAAGUCCGCCGAACGACUGUAUGAAAGCCUAUCGGUCAGCCAAGCUGCCCAGAAGCCCCUCUGCGUCUACUUUGACAAGUUGUGCACCCAGGACGUUUCGCAGUGGAAGCUUGAGAACCUGACCGAGAUGCGGGGUCUCAGCGUCAUUAUUGUGCUGAUCUCCGAGAAGGGACUGGCUUCCACCCGCGAGGCUCAUCUCAAGCCCGACACCCAGUUCCUGGAGGUCCAGCAUAGCCUGAAGCUGAUGCAAGAAUCCGUUGGGAAAGAGUCGUCGGUCAUUGUCCAGCCUGUUUUUAUGUGGUCCAGAGAAACAGUCGACAACGAGUCCUUUGUCCGCAAGUUCUUUCCUGAUCCCAACGAGUUUCCUGACGAGCCCCCCUGCCACGAACUGAGCCCCGUCUUUGCGGACGGCAAAGCCAUGACAAUCCAGCAGACUCUGCGAGAGCUUUUGAAGCUUCAAGCGCUUGAUGCUGCCGAUGGCGAGGCCCUUGACAGACUCGUACCCCACAUUCGCGAUCUAGUCGCCAAGUCAAAAAAGUAGAUACCGGCCAUCCUCCCAUUCUCUCGUGCCUGUGUUGAACCCGAUGACGAACCGGGCCACCCAAGGACAAACUAUCGCCUAUGGAGAAUCAUCAGAGGACUCUGUCUCGGCGAGAUUAGAGGAACUGGGCUGGCAGAUGCGAGAUAAAUGACAAUCAAUACAGCAUGCAAUAAUCAGCCUUGAAGAUGG